CUCAUCAAGGAUGGACACAACGUGAUCGUCUUGGACAACCUCAUCACGGGGAAGAGGCGGAACAUCGAGCACUGGGUGGGACAUCCCAAUUUUCAAUUCAUCCUUCACGACGCCGUUCAACCCAUCUACCUCGAGGUGGAUGAGAUUUAUCACCUGGCCAGUCCUGCUUCCCCGCCUCAAUACAUGAAAGACCCCAUCAAGACAAUAAUGGCCAACACAGAAGGCACUCGCAAUAUGUUGGGUAAGAUCUCGCCCGACGUAACAAGGCGAGGUUCCUCUUCACCAGCACAUCCGAGGUGUACGGUGAUCCCCAAGUUCAUCCCCAAAAGGAGGAAUAUUGGGGCAAUGUUAAUCCAGUCGGUAUGUAUCGAGAAUUUCCCACCCUUUACUAUUGCGAAGGGCUCUGUUUUAUCUAGGACCGCGAUCGUGCUACGACGAAUCGAAGCGUCUGGGAGAGACGCUCUGCAUGGCCUACAGGGAUCGCGAGAAUGUGGACGUCCGCAUCGCCCGGAUCUUCAACACCUUCGGUCCCAGGAUGAGCUAGGACCGCGAUCGUGCUACGACGAAUCGAAGCGUCUGGGAGAGACGCUCUGCAUGGCCUACAGGGAUCGCGAGAAUGUGGACGUCCGCAUCGCCCGGAUCUUCAACACCUUCGGUCCCAGGAUGAGCGUGCAGGAUGGCAGAGUCGUGUCCAACUUCAUCAUCCAGGCUCUCAGCGAAGAGCCCAUUACGAUCUACGGCAAGGGUAAGAACACGAGGAGUUUCCAGUAUGUGUCGGACUUGGUGGAGGGCCUCAUUGCGCUGAUGAGCAGCAAUUACACCAUGCCGGUGAAUUUGGGCAACCCCGACGAAUACGAGGUCGGCGAAUUCGCGACGCUAAUAAAGAAGAUGACAGGAUCCAAGAGCGAAAUCAGGAAGGUCGAGGGCGUUCGUGACGAUCCCACGAGGAGGAAACCAGACAUAUCGCUGGCUUGGAAAGUCCUGGGCUGGAAACCAAAGGUCAGUCCUGUUUGCGUCGGAGCCCAGCUGGAUGAAGUCCGUAAUUUCCGCGAGGGCCGGCUGGCCCUCCUCGAAGUGCUUCGGGUGCUUGCUCCUGUGGAUGGCGAUCGCGAUGACGAUGGGCUUCGCGCUUCAAGUCUGGGGCCUCCCUUCGAGCAUCAAGGGGAUGGUGCAGGAUUCGACAAAUCAAGCCGAUGCAGACGUGACGCUUCGAGAGAAGGAGGGGCCAGUUACCUCUCCCCAGGUGGGAGGAGAGUGACGGGAGGUGCAGGUUUCGUCGGCAGCCACCUGGUCGACCGCCUCAUCAAGGAUGGACACAACGUGAUCGUCUUGGACAACCUCAUCACGGGGAAGAGGCGGAACAUCGAGCACUGGGUGGAUGAGAUUUAUCACCUGGCCAGCCCUGCUUCCCCACCUCAAUACAUGAAGGACCCCAUCAAGACCAUUCUGGCCAACACAGAGGGCACCCGCAAUAUGUUGGAUCUCGCUCGACGUAACAAGGCGAGGUUCCUCUUCACGAGCACAUCCGAGGUGUACGGUGAUCCCCAGGUUCAUCCCCAAAAUGAGGAAUACUGGGGCAAUGUUAAUCCCGUGGGGCCGCGAUCGUGCUACGAUGAAUCGAAGCGUUUGGGAGAAACUCUCUGCCUGGCCUACAGGGAUCGCGAGAAUGUGGACGUCCGCAUCGCCCGGAUCUUCAACACCUUCGGCUCUCAGCGAAGAGCCCAUUUCAGGGAUCGCGAGAAUGUGGACGUCCGCAUCGCCCGGAUCUUCAACACCUUCGGUCUCAGGAUGAGCGUGCAGGAUGGCAGAGUCGUGUCCAACUUCAUCAUCCAGGCUCUCAGCGAAGAGCCCAUUUCUAUCUACGGCGAGGGUAAGAACACGAGGAGUUUCCAGUAUGUGUCGGACUUGGUGGAUGGGCUCGUGGCUCUCAUGGACAGCAAUUACACUAUGCCGAUGAAUUUGGGCAACCCCGACGAAUACGAGAUUGGUGAAUUAGCGUUGCUAAUAAAAAAUAUGACCGAAUCCAAAAGUGAAAUCAAGAAGGUUGAGGGCGUUCGUGAUGAUCCCACGAGGAGAAAACCAGAUAUAUCGCUGGCUUGGAAGAUAUUAAGCUGGAAACCAAAGGUGCAAGUGGUUGAUGGACUCCAAAAGACGAUCCAGUACUUCAAGGAUGAAAUGAAGCAAGUUGAUUUCAAAACGAGGAAUUUAUAUAUCCCUUGGGAAGACAAGAAUUUGGAGACAUGAGUAACAUUGCCGAAUGAGACCAUGGACACGAAAUGGAGAAAGGGA